GAGUGGAGUGCGCGGUUGUCCGGGCGGCCAUUGCGGGUACAUUGUCCGAAACCGCGAAUGCAAUUGAGUGCUUUGUGCCACGCAAGUGAAAUCCAAGAAAAUCAAAAGUCAUCCCCAAAAGAAGGUGCUCCGUGUGAAGCCCGGGACGCGCACAAAACCCCGGCCCGAUGGCUGAAUCCGACAAACUAAAUAUUGACAACAUCAUAGCUCGGCUCUUGGAAGGUAAAGCUGCUCAUUCUAUUGUAUUUAAAUGGAGGCAAUUUAUUUUUCUAGUGCGGGGAGCUAGGCCAGGGAAAAAUGUACAAUUGACAGAAGGAGAAAUAAAAGGACUUUGUCUGAAGUCACGUGAAAUUUUUUUAUCACAACCUAUUCUAUUAGAGCUUGAAGCACCGCUUAAAAUAUGUGGUGACAUUCAUGGGCAAUAUUAUGAUUUACUACGGUUAUUUGAAUAUGGUGGAUUUCCACCAGAGAGCAAUUAUCUUUUUUUAGGAGACUAUGUUGAUAGAGGAAAACAGUCCUUAGAAACAAUUUGUCUUCUUCUUGCCUAUAAAAUCAAAUAUCCUGAGAACUUCUUUUUACUUCGUGGAAAUCAUGAAUGUGCAUCCAUUAACAGGAUAUAUGGAUUUUAUGAUGAAUGCAAACGUCGAUACAACAUUAAACUGUGGAAGACAUUUACGGAUUGCUUCAACUGUUUACCUGUGGCAGCAAUAGUGGAUGAAAAAAUAUUCUGUUGCCACGGUGGUCUUAGUCCAGAUCUUCAAAACAUGGAACAGAUCAGACGUAUCAUGCGACCAACAGAUGUACCUGAUCAAGGCUUAUUAUGUGACUUAUUGUGGUCAGAUCCAGACAAAGAUACCAUGGGUUGGGGAGAAAACGAUCGCGGUGUAUCAUUUACAUUUGGAGCCGAAGUUGUUGCCAAAUUUUUACAUAAGCAUGACUUUGACCUCAUAUGUCGUGCGCAUCAGGUGGUAGAAGAUGGCUAUGAAUUUUUCGCAAAGAGGCAGUUAGUAACUCUGUUCUCAGCACCAAACUAUUGUGGCGAAUUCGAUAAUGCCGGAGCUAUGAUGUCCGUGGAUGAAACUCUUAUGUGCAGUUUCCAAAUUCUAAAACCAGCUGACAAGAAGAAGUUAUCGUACGGUGGCCUGAAUGCAAAUAGACCAGUGACACCCCCACGAGGUGGUGGAAAUAACAAAAACAAGAAGAAGUGAAAUCCUUAGAUUUGUUUCUCACCCUUCUUUUUUUUGAACGCAACGUUUAGAACUUCAAAAUAACUCCCUUAAAACCCACCAUCUUUUAAGACAUUAAGUUCUUGUAAGAGGAAAGAUGUUAUUGUUAUUAUUUCUCCUAGUAUCGCUACUAUUAUUAUCAACGCUAUUACCAUAUUAUUUUCGAAUUUAUCAUUAAUUCCGCUCAGCCAUUUACGAUGACAUUUUAACGCAGGAAAGAAAUCCGGAGGGGCAUAGUUUGCUAAGCGAAAGGAAAUAAUGAAAAGUUCUUCAUUAAUAGAACAGUUCCAAGUAAAAAGAAAAAAAUGCUAUUAAAUGGGUGUCUAUAAAAGAAAAAAUUAAUAUUAAGUUCGAUUACACGAGAUUAGAUUAGAAAUUCGUGACGGCUACUAUGAAAUUAUAUUAGAAGAAUAUAUCGUUACAAACUGUAAGAAAAGAUCACGACAAGUUCAUUCUAAAUCUUUUGCUCAUUUUUCCUGAUAAUUGUGUAGGAUGAAUAAUUUUGGAACCACUUGCGAUAUCACUGAUAAGAAAAUAUGGCAUGAUACAAUUGAUACAAUGCCGGGGACAAUUUUGUUAUGCCAUUUUUCGCCUUGAUGACAUACAUACAUACCUUAUUAAUGAGAUUGUUAAUAUAUAUAACGUAAUAUCAAGUAGAUAGUGGUUUUGAACGACAAAUGUUUCGAAUGUGAUACAUCAUUUCGGUUUUGUUACGUUUCUGUAAAUUGCACAAAAUUUGUAAACGACAUACAGAUACAACUUUCGUAAAGAGAGACCGUUUUUGUAGA